UUUUUUCAUAUCUCAAUGGCUGCCAACUCAUCACGAUGUUGACAGACGUACGUGGUUGACAUUGUUAGCAAUAGUACUAAGAACAAUAUACUUGUAAAAACAAAAAAAGUGUAUAAAAUAAUUAAAAUAGAGCGGAAUUUGUCUAUAGUAAUAUAUAAUAAAUAGACUGUUAAUAAUAUAAAUAUCGUUAAAAUGAAAUCAGUGUUUUAUUGUGUAGUGGCGUUACUAUUAAUAGUAAUAGCCGAUGUACAGAGUAUAAUGUUUGAAUUACAGCCGAGUGCUAGAAAAUGUUUAAAAGAAGAAAUACAGGCACAAGUAUUGGUUUCUGGUGAAUAUCAAGUAUCCGAAGCCCCAGGGCAACGUGUUGACUACGUGGUAAAAGAUUCUAAAGGUCAUAUACUGUCACAAAAAGAAGAUAUUCCUCAUGAAAAAAAUUUAAAGUUUUCAUUCGUUACUGAAAAUUAUGACACCCUAGAAAUUUGUUUCACUUCACAUUUACCAGCUCAUCAACGAGGCAUGAAACAAGACAUUUUAUUAAUAACUAAACAUGGUAUCGAAGCUAAAAACUACGAAGCGCUCGGUGAAGCUGCGAAAUUGAAGCCUAUUGAAAUUGAAUUGAAGCGCUUGGAAGAUUUAUCUGAGAGUAUUUUCCAAGAUUUCGCGAGAAUGCCCCAAAGAGAAGAAGAAAUGAGAGCUACAAAUGAGCAAACAAACUCACGUGUGUUGUACUUUAGUAUAUUUUCAAUGUGCUGUCUUUUAGGUUUAGCAACAUGGCAAAUAUUUUAUUUAAGACGUUUCUUCAGAGCUAAAAAAUUAAUAGAGUGAGCUUAAAUAAUUAUAAGUCUUCCGUGAUUAAGCGUAUUUUUUCAUCAGUUUAUAAAAUUAUGUAUCAAAGACACGUAAAAUUAAAUGAUGCGCAAAUAAAUAAAUAUCUUAAAUCUUAAAUAAUAAAUAAAUUCAAGAGAAGACUUAAAAGUCAUAUUUUUCAGAGUGAUUAGAAUGUAAACGUAAUUUAAAUUAAAAAAGAUAAAUCCAUUGUACAAAAUAACUGUUCUGCCAUUUUUCACCUUGUCACUCACGUUUUUUAUUAUACGAUCAAUUGUAACUUUGGAUAAAGUAUAGUCCAAUUAAAUUUUUAAUCUGCUGAAUUUAAAUAAUUAUUACUAUUAAUUUAAAUUGUAAAUAAUUGAAAAGUAUUUGAUUUUUGAAUUUAUUAAUAUUGAUUUGUUAUUUUUUUUUAACUUUCAUACGACCUUGUUUUUUGUAUUCGAAGAAUUCAAUUCUUUAAAAAAAAAUUAUUUAAAUAUAAUUAAAAUAAAAUACUUUUCAAUUUAUAAUAACUGGCGAUAUUGUAAUUAAUAAAUAAUUAUUAAUAUUAA